UAUACAUCUAAACAAUUUAGAUCACAGAUUAGACUCAUCUUAUCGGAUCACAGCCAUACCAAAAUUUGAUUCCAACUAAAAACGUCCUAAAUCUGCCGUUAGUUUGUCCCAAAUUGAUGUUCUAAACACUGAAAUCUUCAGCUUGGUUUGGAGUAGUAAGGCGACUGGUUCUUUUUCCUCUUCUUCAUCCAUGGCAGCCUCCAAGCUCCAAGCUCUCUGGAAUCAUCCUGCUGGUCCUAAAACUAUUCAUUUCUGGGCACCAACCUUCAAGUGGGGUAUUAGCAUUGCCAACAUUGCUGACUUCUCCAAACCCCCAGAGAAGCUCUCCUAUCCCCAGCAGAUAGCGGUUACUGCCACUGGAGUUAUCUGGUCACGCUAUAGCACUGUUAUUACACCUAAAAACUGGAAUCUAUUUAGUGUAAAUGUGGCAAUGGCGGAUACAGGCAUCUAUCAACUUACUCGAAAAAUAAGGCAUGAUUAUUUUGAUGAGCAGCAAGCAGCUACAUCAGAACAUUGAUGACAAAAGCGGCUUCACUUCGCUUGUGGACUUGACUAUAGUUGCUUGGGUCACUUCUCAAUGCUGAGCACUACAUCUGCACAUUGCAUGAAGUGGCCUUUCUAACCUUUCUUUUGAUACACCACACACAUUUGGAGUGGAUAUCGUAUGUUCUUUCAUCACAAUUCUCGAAUCAAGCCACAAUAGUCAAUAAGGGCAUAAGACUAGUUUUCUUUUAAUAUCCCAUUUUUGUUUCUGCAAAAUCAUUUGUGGUGGUGCAUAUUGUUGACAUCUUGGAAUUUUGUGUUGUGGUUUAUCUCAUUUCUCAACAAGAUUGGCUACUUAUGUUAUUGUAUAAGAAGUACUUCCUGAUGUGUAUGUUUAUUCAAAUGUUUCCUGGGGAAAUUUUGUUGUUAAUUUGGAAGAACGUUAUUAUGAAUGCAGCUAGUAGAUCAUUA